GGCAUGCAGCUGUCCAGAGGCAGCGGGCUUUUCUCGGGAGGGAGAUGGGGAGCUGCGAUCUGACCAUGCCUGGGUGAGAGGGGGAAAGGACCCGCCGAGCAGCCCCACCGCCACCAACUAGCACCACUACCACCACCAUCUCCUCUCCCUCCUCCUCUCUCUGCGUUAUUGCUCUUAUCUUCUCCACGGCACUCCGUGCUGGAUGGAUUGGGGCUGCUUCGUGUGGUGAGACCAAGGCAGAGCCACCGGCGAAACCCAGCGACAUCUCAGAGCAAGAAAAAGAAGCGGAAAGAAGACGGGGAAAGAGAGAGAGGGGGAGAGUGGAAGAAGGAGCGAGCGAGCGAGAGGAGAGAAGGGAAGGAAGAAGGCAAGAAAAUCCCCUUAAUCUUCUAAGUCAAUGCAUAUUGUGGUGACACUGGCAAAGGAGCCCUCACGGUGGAGUCGGCCAGGACUGUGCGUUCCCAAAAUAUGACCAGGGGUGCUUGGAUGUGCAGUCGGCAGUAUGACGACGGCUUAAAAAUCUGGUUUGCACCCCGGGAGAACGAGAAACCCUUCACGGAUUCGGAGAGGGCUCAGAAAUGGCGACUGUCCCUGGCAUCGCUCUUGUUUUUCACCGUCCUGCUCUCUGAUCACUUGUGGUUCUGCGCCGAGGCCAAAUUCACGGGCACCGGAGACAAGGAGCAGCAGCAGCCGCCCGAGAAGCCGGAGCCCGCGGAGCAGGAGCUGCUGGCGGGCAUGGGGGAGCCGGCGCCCCCCGCGCCCCGGCUCCUCGCUCCCCCCUCGCCCUCCCUCCCGCCCUCCCCCAGCAGCAGCAGCAGCAGCAGCAGCAGCGGCCAGGGCAAGGAGAGCGAGCCCCGCCACGGCAAGGCUGUUUUCCUGGGCAACUCCAGUGCCAGGCCCGUGGAGAGCUGCCACCCGCAGAGCGCCUCGUCCGGGCAGUGCUUCAGCGUGGGCGACGCGGAGGCGGUGUGCGGGCGGCGGGGGGGGCCGCGGAGCCCGGCGCCCGGCUGGGACCUCACGGAUUUUUACCUUUCCUUUUGUAAUUCCUACACCCUUUGGGAGUUGUUCGCCGGGUUGUCCAAUCCGGACACUUUGAACUGCAGUCUGGAUGUGGUGCUGGAGGGGGAAGGCUCCUGCAGCCAGUGCGUCCAGGCUUACCAGCGCUACGACCAGCACGCUCAGGAGAAAUACGAAGAGUUUGAGGUUAUGCUCCAGAAAUAUUUACAGUCGGAUGAGUACUCGGUGAAAUCGUGUCCUGAGGAUUGUAAGGAUAGGCUUAAUUUGAACAGAACUACUGAUUUUGCCAUGGAAGAGAUUUUUCUCCUCUUCUUGUAAAGUUGUUUAGCUC